UGUCAUUUGUCAGACAGUUUGACAGUGACAAGCUCGAUAAUUAGAGUAAAGUUGUAGUAACUGGAAAGAAAAUAAUAUUUAAUAUAAAAUUACGAAAUGUUUCCUCCGAGUGAUCAAUUGGAAUUACGAAAAAUAACUGUAUCUAGUUUAAUAACGUGCAUUUAUCUUCCAAGUAUUGUGACAUUUAUUUCUUACAAGGGCUUACUUUACUCAGUCGGACAUGGCUCAACAUUCUAUAUUUUAGUAAUAAUAUUCUUGGCAGAAUGGCUAAAGUCUUUCUAUUUGAGCCCCACAACUGACCCGCAAGCGAAGAAGAAUAAAGCCAGCAAGAAUGUCUUUAGUGAUACAUUGAAAUCGUUUUUGUUUAUGCUGGUGGUUUUGUUUGGUUAUUUCGUGGGUAUAAUUUUGUUUGGUGCACCAGCUUUGGAUUGCCAUGAGCAGACGUUGAUGCUUUCAGCGUUAAUGACGCUGUUGACUGUUUUUCCUUUGAUUGCUCACGUGGGCGUCGAGCUUUCGAUGCAGUUGCUGUUUAAUCUGAAAAGUUACGAAAAGAAUACUAUCAUCGAAAUGUUGGUAAACAACUCAAUUAUUACAAUUUGUGGGGCGUGGCUGGGCGCUGUAGUCAUCCCGCUGGACUGGAAUACUCCGUGGCAGCAGUGGCCGAUUUCUUGUUACCUUGGAGCAAUUGGAGGCUACUUAUUGUCUAAUGUCUUCACAGUGUUUAAAGUAUCAAUGAUGUCAGCUGUAGACAAAUAUCCAAUGCUUAAAUCCAUUGUAGACUUUCUCAAUGAACCUCAUAAAUUAUAAAUUGCUUAAAAAUUAUAAGUAUUGGUUAUAAUUCUUGUAAUUCUUGUAAUGAACUUGUAAUUCUGUUGGUAUGCCCUAACAAUGAAUGAAAUCAUUGAUUCAUUUUUAUUUUAUGAGAAUUGAAAGCUUUGUGUAUUUCAUGUCAAUUUACACUUUAAUACUGGUUAAAAUGCAAGACUCAAAAUGAUGACAUCACAAAUGUAAGUUGUUUAUAAAAAAUGAUAGUCUUUGCAAGUGCAUACUAUGUAUAAUCAAAAUAUGAUAAAGCCAAUUAUUUCAUGUGGUUAGUUUAUCAGCUUUAUAUGGAUAUUUUCAUAUUUACUAACCUUAUUAUUAUUGUGGAUAAUGUGAGUAGUUUUUACUGCAUUUAUUUUAUUUACUAGGCAAUUAAUUUGUUGUGUACUGAUUACAUAGGCAGGUUCCUUAUGUAAAUACAUUUAGAAAGAAUUUGUUAGUUAAUAUUGUUAUUGACAAGUUUUUUUACUUGAAUUUUUUUAAUUUUAAAGUGGUAAUUAUAUUUGUACAAAUUAA